AUGGCAGGCGUCAGUCCAGGAUCUGUUAGAUCUGCAUUAGAAAUGACGCUACAGCAGAGAUUCAAAGAGACCAAAACGGGUCAGGUCCCAGGCAACCCGCUCAGGGGUUACUAUGGAAACAACGAUUUCCGGUCUGGUCCUCUCCCAAAUCUGCGGUUUGUGGGGGCGGGGCCGGUUGGACCCCCGGGGAAGGAAACGCGCGGGACCCCGGCUUCCCCGCGCCAGGCCGCCUCCGCGCCAGCCGUGGUUCCGCUUCCCCGAGGACCGGCCGCGCGGGGCCGCCGCGCCCACUGGCCGGGGGGUGACUUUGUGAUCUGCGCUGACCACUGCGCUCCCGCCUGUUGAGACGUCUCUUCGGUGAUCCAGAAGAACCUGCGAUUCCCCCAGCGCCUGCGGCUGGUGGCGGGCGCCGUGUCCGCCCGGCACCCUGUGUCCCCCCAGUACCUACGGGUAACCAGAGGGGGCCACGCGGGCGGCCCUGAGAAGGCGGAGAGCCCGGGCAGGCGGGCACUCCAGCCGCCGCGUCCGGCCUCCCGGUUUGCCCCGGCCGGGGGAGGGCUGCGGCUUCACCGGGGAGGGGCUGGCCGGGGCCGCCGCGGGUGGUGGAGAGACCCUCAGACCGUGGGCGGGCGCAUCCGCGUGGGAAAUCACUCGUCUCUAAGGUGUCCGUUGUCCUGGAUUGCAUUUGAAAAUGAAGUUGUACAAACACUACAUGUUGAUAAUCUAUUAAAUGAUGUCACUUCAGCACCUAUUCACUGUGAAGAAGGCUCAGUGCAUAAAAGCAAACAGGUUUCUCUGAAAAGGCCAAACUCAUUGAUAAUUUAUUCUCUUUCCAGUAAUCAGGCCAAAGUGAAAGUGUUUGGGAAACUUCUGUGUAAUGCAACUAGUCAGGCUGAUGAAUUAUAGUCUAGAACUCCCUCUAUCUUUGGCAUUUACUCCAAUGACUCGACAGAUUCAGCCUUGGACAUCAAGAGUGAACAGAAUAAAUUGUCUUAUAUAGAUAAGCAAGUGAAAGAAGAGACCAGUUAA